GAAAUUCGAUUCCCAAAAAAUGAUCCUUUUUUUCUCUCAUUUUCAUAUUCAUAUUCUCUUUUGAUUAAUUAUUACUUCUCCUUCACAAGUACUUCAACCACCGGAAGAGCCUACACCUUCUUGAUCCCACACAUUUUCCCUCCUGUUCCUAUUUUCCACUCAACAGACACACACACACCAUCCAUUAUGGCAACGCUUCCUUAGUUCAUGCAGCUUUCUCGACUUCUUCAAACCACCAAUGGACGACUCUGCAGGAAACUGGAAUUGGCUCUUCGAUUACUCUACUAUGGAGGAUCUCCCCGUCGUCGGCGCCCCCUUCUCGCCGCCGCAGUCUGUCAGUUUCUCCUGGUCCAAUCCCUCCAUCAACUUUCCUUCUAAUAAACACAGCCUUGAGGUAGACUGCUCAUAUGAAGAUCUAGACAGCUUAAAGGAAGUAGGUCGGAAACGUCUCAAGGCUGAAACAAGUUCUGCAUCAACCUCCAAAGCCUGCAGAGAGAAACUGAGGAGAGAUAAGCUGAAUGAGAGGUUCUUGGAAUUAUCUGCUGUCCUGGAACCUGGAAAACUACCCAAAACAGACAAGGUUGUCAUCUUGAGUGAUGCUAUCAGAAUGGUGACUGAUUUACAAUGUGAAAUCGAGAAGCUGAAAGAAUCAGAGGAUGAUUUGAAGGAAAAAAUCAAAGAAUUAAAGGUUGAGAAAAAUGAACUUCGUGAUGAGAAGCAAAGAUUGAGAGCAGAGAAAGAAAAGUUGGAGCUGCAAAUCAAAGCAGUGAAUGCUCGAGCAGCAGCUGACAUCCAACAUCCUCCCCCUACGUUGUCAGCUGCUUUUACAGCACAAGGACAAGCUGCUGGUAACAAGUUGAUGCCUUUCAUUGGUUAUCCCGGCAUUGCCAUGUGGCAAUUCUUGCCGCCUGCAACCGUCGACACGUCUCAGGAUCAUGUGCUCCGCCCACCAGUUGCUUAAAAGGGAGGACAAAUGAUUUGGUUCGUUUAUUGUGCUGUUAUGAUUAACAAUGCCUUUACAUGUUUGUGUUUGGUUUUGAAUUGUUCAAGAAACUCCUGGUGGUGUAAAAACUUUGUUUGAGGACUAAGCAGAUGUUGCAUUCCUAACUAUAUAUAAAUAAAACCAAGUUUAUCAUGUGAUA